ACAGGACCCAAACUCCAAACCUCAGAGGUACAAGAUGUCAUUAUGCUGUACAAAAAAUUUUCUAAAUCAAGAAUUUAGGCACCUUUGUAGAAUUUUAUGGGUGAAUAAGCCUUAUUAUCAGAGAAAAAUGAUGCACAGAAUGAGCAAUUCCUAUUUAUCCAAAGAAAUGAAAUUUUGUUACCUGAACCAGUUAAAUACUAGCUUACUAGGUAAAACCUUACAGCACGGAUUUCAUUCUGGGUCUGAACCUCCAUAUCUGAUAAGCCAUGAGCCAAAACCCUACAACUAUCCUUUGGUCAACAUCCAGGUCAAAGGCUAUGACCACUCAGUACUGCAAAGCUACCAGUCUUGGGUUACAAGGAUUGCCGAGAGACUGAAUUUAGUUGUUUCAAAUGCCUGGGCCACACCUUGCAAGAAGCUGCAAAUUACACGCUUUGAACCCAAAAGCACUAAAGUAGAGGACACUUUCAAACUCAACAUUUAUGAACGCACAGUCCAGGUGAGCGAGAUGCCCAGCCUCGUGCUGCCUGUGCUGCUGGAGGUGCUGCAGGCUGGUCUCCCAGAAGGCGUUGAGCUCUAUGUUGAUCAUCACUCCGAAGAGGCUGAAAAGAUCCGCUACGUUCCCAACAAGGAGCUCCGUGAGCUUCAACAGGAGCUCAAGGACGUUCACAACCCGCCUGUGGCUCCCCGCUUUAGAGGCAAAAAAUGAUUUGCUAGUGCUGUGCGUAAUUAAUGAUUGGCUAGUGCUGUGCGUAUAUAUUACGUUCAACUUGUGGGAAUGUAAUACAUAGGUAGAUAUUAUUGUUUAGAAGUCAUGUAUGCGAUGUUGAGAAAUCAUACAAAGUUGUUACUCGUAAUAUUGCUAUUUGACCAAUCGUAUCCAUGCAUAUUAUAUUAUUUUUUUGUCCAGAAGUAAAAUAUAAUAGGUUUUUUUUCAGCGUCUAUUGCAAUUUUUUCUCUUGUUUAGAAUCAUAAUUGAAUACUUCACCUUCAUCUGAUAAUUUUUUUACUGGCCACUGGGACAAUAUAGUCUAACUCGUCUCUAUUAACUGUACAAAAUGUGUGUAAUUUGAGAUCCGUAAUUAAAGAAUGUGAAUAAA